GGCGAAACCGAAAUGUCCAACCCCACGGUAAGAGAGGCUGAGGCUGGGAGUGGAGCAAGAGGAGGAGGUGAAGGUGGAGUUGCAGACAUGGGAGUCUCUGCUUCUUCUCCUUCCUCAUAUCAUCAGCUCGAAGGAGUUGGGGAUGGAAUAGUGGAAGAUCCCAAUUUACCCAACAACAGCAACAACAACAACGUGAAGAAGAAAGACAACAAACUCAAACUCCUCCCACUCAUCUUCCUCAUCUACUUCGAAGUCUCCGGUGGCCCCUAUGGCGAAGAAACCGCCGUCCAAGCCGCCGGACCCCUUUUAGCGAUAGUGGGUUUCCUCGUAUUCCCCUUUAUUUGGAGUAUCCCUGAAUGCCUUAUCACUGCAGAGCUAGCCACCACGUUCCCAGGCAACGGCGGAUUUGUCAUCUGGGCAGAACGGGCUUUUGGCCCUUUUUGGGGUAAUCUCAUGGGAUUCUGGAAGUUCCUCAGUGGUGUCAUCAACAACGCUGCUUAUCCAGUCCUCUGUGUUGAUUACCUCAAACGCAUCUUUCCAAUCUUUGCUUCGGGUCCCCCUCGCGUUAUCGCUGUAUGUGCAGCCACUCUGUCCUUGACUUUCCUCAAUUACACUGGCCUCGCCAUCGUCGGUUAUACCGCCGUUGCUCUGGCUGUCGUUUCUAUGCUUCCCUUCUAUAUAAUGGGUCUGGUUUCCAUACCCAAACUCCAGCCCCAUCGGUGGAUCAGCAUGGGCGACCCUGGAUUGAAGAAAGAUUGGCACCUGUACUUGAAUACUCUCUUCUGGAACUUGAAUUUCUGGGACAACGCCAGUACUUUAGCAGGCGAAGUGGAUCGGCCCCAGAAGACCUUCCCCAAAGCUCUGAUAUCAGCUGGAGUUGUGACCAUUAUAGGUUAUCUGGUGCCUCUAUUGGCUGCUACAGGAGCUAUGGAGCUGGAACAAGAUAAAUGGGGUGAUGGGUACUUGGCCGACGCAGCAGGGAUGAUUGUUGGCAAGUGGCUUAAAUACUGGAUUGAGGUGGGUGCCGUAUUGUCUGCAAUUGGUCUCUUUGAAGCCCAGUUGAGUAGUGCUGCCUACCAGGUCGUGGGCAUGGCGGAUCUGGGAUUCAUCCCGAAAUUCUUUGCUGUGCGAUCGAAAUGGUUUAAUACCCCAUGGGUUGCGAUUGUCCUAUCGAGCGCGAUAACACUAGCAAUCUCGUUCAUGGACUUCACAAACAUCAUAGCAUCUGCAAAUUUCUUGUACAGUUUAGGGAUGUUAUUGGAGAUAGCAUCCUUCAUUUGGUUGAGGAAGAAAUAUCCCAAAUUGGAUAGGCCAUAUAAGGUUCCCAUGAGAAUACGGGGGCUGGUGGCGAUGUGCGUGAUCCCCAUUGCGUUCCUGAUAUUGGUGAUGGUCAUAGGGAGCGUGCUGGUGUAUGUGAUCAGUGCGGCUCUCACUGUUCUUGGGAUUGGAAGCUACUUCAUCAUGAAAUGGUGCAAGGAUCGUAGCUGUCUAGAGUUCACCAAGCAGGAGGAGCACAGGGACGAAGAGAUUGGGGGCAUCAAUGAGGUGUAACUAGUUUAUCUUUGCUUCUCUUUUCAUUUCCACUUAGACACCAUAGAGUAGAAAAAAUCAGAAUUCAGAACUCAAGAAGAAGAAA